AUGGAAACGGUUAAACAUCUCGCCGUAACCUAUAAACCACUAAUAGACAACACGCUAGUGUCGGUCAUAAUCAGCGAAUAUCGGCUGUGGACAGAAAAAUGGAAACGGGAUCAGGCUAUACCGCAGACGUUUUCUGAUCGGAUAAUGCAUUGCGAUGGUGAUAUGUAUCCUAACAUGAAAAAGCUUCUGUGUAUUCCUGCUACACUACCAGUCAGUGUAGCGAUGGCAGAGAGGUCCUUCUCCACACUUAGGAGGCUGAAAACUUGGUUGAGAGCAUCAAUAGCGGAAUACCGUCUAACAGGAUUGGCGCUUCUCCACAUUCAUAAAAAUGUUCCUGUUGAUGUAGAAGAAGUAAUUAAUCGUUUCGCGAGAAGGCAGAAGAGAAAAAUUGAUUUCGUUAUUUAA